GCGACUCUUGUUAUAACAUUGGAAAGAAAUUUGCACAAUUUUCGCAUUUUUUCACCACCUGAAAUUAAGGAAAUUACUCAAGACCCUCCAGAUGAGAGGGUGCAAUACUCGAGCUCGUGGCUGUUGCGACAAUGGAAAAAGGUAUGUAUGUAUUAAAAUAAAUAUUAGAAUUACUUUCAUGACGCGUUGGUCUCUUCAACACUUAGACUAUUCAUUUUCAUAUAUGAACGUCAAAAUUAUUAUUAAUAAAAAUUUAUAAAUAAAGUAAGAAAGUACAAAGGCAAUUAUAUGUACAUGCCAAAAUGUGUGUGAUCCUGCAUAAUGCCAUAUUAUACAGAGUAGAUGCCUGAAAAUGUUAAAAGAAAUACUUUCGUUUAAGUUGAAAAUACUUGCGUUUAAGUUUUAUAUUUUUAACCACUUUAGGUUUAUGACGAUGACGAAUUGGAAGAGCGUUUAAACGAGAUGAAAAAUGACGAAGAAGAUCAUGAGGAGAAAUUGGAUGAACUGAGAAAAGAUAUAAAGAAGACGAAUGAUGUGGUGCAUGAAAAUAUGGCAGCUACGAAAACAAAGAUUGAAAAUACAGCAGCCUGUAUGGAAAGAAAGAUUGAAAAUACAGCAGCCUGCUUGGAAACAAAGAUUGAGAAUACAGCAGCCAUGGAAACGGCAAAGAUUGAAAAUAGAUUAAAGAAUAUUGAGGAGAUGUUGGCACAAAUCCAAGCUGGAGGUAUAUUGCAUUCUGGUAACUGA